AUGACUCUAAAUCGGAUAGAUCUUAAGAUCCUAGUCAAAUCAAACGUUGGAAAAUCAGGUCAUGACGUCAAGAAGGCUGCUACUACUCCUAAUACUAAGACCACUUCAGCGUUCGACAUACGUAGAUAUUUUCUAGUUAGCAACGACGAAGUCAUUCAGCCGAAACCGCGAGCAUUCGGCUACGAGGACGAAAAAGACGCGAAUUUGAAGACGAAAAUAUCAACACUGGUGCAACAAACUAUUCAUGACACUGAGAGGAAGAUUAAGUCUAUUCAACACAUAAAGGACCAUAACCGCGACUUGGCGCCUUACAAAGCCGGUUUCAUUCUGAGCAUGAUAAAGAAGUCAAGGGACGUUCUGAACGAAUUAUUCAAUGUAGCUGUGAAGCACAAAGAUGAGUGGAAAGCGUUGGAACAACUGAAGAUAUUCGAGUUAAUCGUCCAUACGAAUGUGGACACCACCAAUUUGGUGAGGCAGUUAGUGGAAAUUCACAUUCAGCAUCUGAACGCGACCAAUCCGGAAAAUGUUGCGGGGAGACGACGCGUGGUGUUACUUUGA